CAGCGGCCGCCGCUCUGGCGGGACACGGGAUAAUAAAGUUUUAUUCGGGGAGGGGGCUGCAAGCGCCCUUCCUCUCCCAGGACCGAGCUGCUGGAUGUAGAGGGGAGGCAGGUCGUGCGCGCAGAAAAUGCCGCUGAGGGACAAGUGUUGUCAGACUGAGCACCAUCACCAUGGAUGCUGUGAACCAGUGCAUAUAUUGGAACCUGGUGAUCCUCCGUUACUACAGCAGCCUCUGCAAACGUCGAAGUCUGGUAUUCAACAAAUCAUUGAGUGUUUUCGAUCAGGAACUAAACAACUUAAACAUAUCUUGUUAAAAGAUGUGGACACCAUUUUUGAAUGUAAAUUGUGCCGGAGUCUCUUCAGAGGAUUACCAAAUUUAAUUACUCAUAAAAAGUUCUAUUGUCCUCCAAGCCUCCAGAUGGAUGACAACCUCAAUGAUAUGAAUGAUAAACAAAGCCAAGCCAUAAAUGAUCUCCUGGAAGCAAUCUAUCCGAGAGUAGACAAGCAAGAAUAUAUAAUUAAAUUAGAACCUAUAGAAACUAAUCAAAAUGCUGUAUUUCAGUAUGUAUCAAGGACUGAUAGCCCAGAUGAGAACACAGAAAUUAGUAGUACUGAUCAAGCUCCAGUACAGGUUCAGGAACCCAGCACUGAGCAACCCAAGACUGUUUCGGCUCCAGCUUCAAGUCCAGUUGGGGAAACUUCGGAAUUACCUCCUGCUGAUCCUGUUACAAACAAGGUAAUACCUACUUCUGAAGAACAGCCUCCAGCAGUAAAUCCUGAGUUGGACUCUUCAGAUAAUUCUGAUUUUGGCCACCAGUUGAUUUGUUGCCUUUGUAGGAAAGAAUUUCAUUCCAGACGCAGUGUACGCCGGCACAUUAGAAAAGUACACAAAAAAAAGAUGGAAGAACUAAAGAAGUACAUAGAAACAAAAAAGAAACCAAAUCAGUGCUCAACGAGAGGAAGAAAUAAGAAUGUUCUUGUAACAUUAGGUAGAAGUUGUCCUGUGUGUUACAAAUCAUUUGCUACAAAAGCCAACGUAAGGAGGCAUUUUGAUGAAGUUCAUAGAGGAUUAAGAAGGGAUUCCAUUACUCCUGAUAUAGCUACAAAGCCGGGGCAACCUUUGUUCUUGGAUACAGUUUCUGCUAAAAAAUCUUUUAAGACCCGAAAACAAAAGUCGUCUUCAAAGGCUGAAUACAAUUUAACUGCAUGCAAAUGCCUUCUGUGCAAGAGAAAAUAUAGUUCACAAAUAAUGCUUAAAAGGCACAUGCAAAUUGUUCACAAGAUAACUCUUUCUGGAAAGAACUCUAAAAGAGAGAAAGGACCUAACAAUACUGCCAAUGGCACAGAAAUAAAAGUAAAAGUUGAACCAGCAGACUGUGUAGAACCUUCACCCCCUUCCAUUGCCCUUUCUCCUCAGAAUGAAUUAAAGGGAACAAAUCAUUCAAAUGAAAAAAAGAGCACUCCGUCAGCACAGAAAAAUAAAGUUAAACAGGACCCUGAAAACUCUAAGUCGACCACUAAAUCAACCUCUAAAUCAACCUCUAAAUCAACCUCUAAAUCAACCAAUGCAUCUGCUGCAGGUGGCCAGCAAAAAACCAGGAAGCCAAAACUUUCAGCUGGCUUUGACUUCAAGCAGCUUUACUGUAAACUCUGUAAACGCCAAUUUACUUCUAAACAGAACUUGACAAAACACAUUGAAUUGCACACAGAUGGAAAUAACAUUUAUGUUAAAUACUACAGGUGUCCACUCUGCUCGUAUGAAACACGCCGCAAGCGUGAUGUGAUAAGGCAUAUAACUGUAGUUCAUAAAAAGUCACCACGCUACCUUGGGAAAAUAACUGCAAGUUUAGAAAUUAGAGCAAUAAAAAAGCCAAUUGAUCUUGUUCUAAAUAAGGUGACAAAAAGAGGCCCUCAGAGGGAUGAAACAAAACAGAUUGGUUCAAAACAGGAUGUCACCUCUAAUUCGCCCAAUAAAAAGUAUGAAGGAGCUGAUGUUGGCAUUGAAGUAAAAGUAACAAAAAACUUUUCUCUUCACCGAUGCAAUAAGUGUGGGAAAGCAUUUGCCAGAAAGACUUUUCUAGAACAUCAUAAGAAAACCCACAAGGCAAAUGUAUCUCAUUCACCUGAAGAAAAUAAAACCAAAGGCAGAAGUACAAGAUCUAAAGCUGUUGUCUGAUAGGUUCAAGUGAUGUUCGGAAAGUUUGGAGUUCAUUUGAGUGAAAAGACUUUAAUUUGGUGUUGGAACCACUAAUGUCUUGAUAAUGGUACUGUAAGGAGGAAAUAUUUUCAUAAACUGUUGUUUUCUUCCUAAAUUAAUUACCAUUCUGACUGCUUGUUGUAGGACAAUGCCUCCUCCCCAAACACUUUGAAGUAGUUGAAUUGAAUUCACCUGUGCUUCUAGCUUAGCAGUUAACUAUACUUGUCUCUAUGCAGUUGAGGUUUGACACAGUAUACAGUGAACUUUCUGAACUUAAAAAAACAAAACAAAAACCAGCAGAGGCAACUUAACAAACAGCAGCUUUGGAAGAAGGCUUUUAUUUCUUAUUUAGGAAAUCAUCUUCAGAGAACUCAUCUUGCAUACUGACCCACCAUAAUACUGCUAACUGAUCAACAGCUCUAACUUUUUUGUGAUAUCCUACUUUGGCAAAUGUUGUGUUAUGUACUAUUUUAAAUAUAUUACAAAUGAAUGUAUAAGAGCAAACAAUGUAGUGUAUAUUGGCUGAAUUGUACUAAUUAUUAAUAUUUGCCAUACUGCCUAUUUGUUCAUACUGACUAAUUUCCCAGUUUUGAGGCAUUCUGAAUUUCACUGUACUGAAGUUGAUUCAAAGAUUUCCAUUUUUGUUUCCAUAUGUGGUUCAUAGGACAACUUUGUAAACAUUCAGAAAGUUUACAAGAAUAUCCACAUUCCUCUAUUCUUUAUUUUUUUU